AUGAGCAAGCCUCUUGCGCCCGUCAAGGACAUCGACCACCUGGUGCUCACCUGCAGCGACAUGCAAGCCACCAUCACCUUCUACACCAAAUACCUCGGCAUGACACUCGAGACAUUCACCUCGGAAGCGACGCCGUCUAUCCAGCGGAGCGCGUUGAAGUUUGGCACGCACAAGAUCAAUCUGCAUCAGAGGGGCAAGGAGUUUGAACCCAAGGCGCAGACGGCGCAGCCGGGGACGGCGGAUUUGUGUUUUCUCGUGGCCGACGGCGUUGAUUUGGAUCGUGUUGUGAAGGGGUUUGAGAGCGCUGGUGUGGAGGUGCUCGAGGCGGGCAGGGUGGUGGGGAGAACAGGAGCAAUGGGAGCCAUGAGGAGCGUCUAUGUUCGGGAUCCGGAUGGGAAUCUAGUAGAGUGA